UAAAUAAAAUUAAGCUCUCAUUAAUUACAAAAGACUUUCUUUCCAGCCAAAGCUUCCAAUGAUUUCUGUAUAAGUGUACAUAUAUAUACAUGGUCACUAUGAAAGUUCAGCACGCAUAGCAAAUUAGCAAUACAAUAACUCUAAGUCUUAAGUCAUGGCCUUAUUAGGUCUUCUUGAAAUCCUUGUAGCAGUAACAUGCUUUGUGAUUCUUCGUUGCUUAUGCAGCAAAAAUAAGACUCCUACAAAUUGGCCUCUGGUGGGUAUGCUACCGGGGCUGCUUCUCAACGUUCAUCGGAUUCAUGAUUGGUGUGCAGAAAUCUUGGAGCUCACUGGCUGCACUUUUGUACUGAAAGGGCCUUGGCUUGGUAACAUGGACAUAUUGGUCACAGUACAUCCAGACAAUGUGCACUACAUAAUGAGCACAAACUUCUCCAACUUCCCAAAAGGGUCUGACUUCAACAAGAUGUUUGAUAUUCUUGGCGACGGGAUCUUCAAUUCGGACUACGAUUUGUGGAAGAAUCAAAGGAAAACUGCUCGAUUGUUCCUUAAUCAUCAAGAGUUCUACCAUUUCUUGGUGAAUUCUAGCCAAAUUAAGGUGCAAAAUGGGCUGAUUCCGGUCAUGGAGAAUGUUGUCAAGAAUGGCCUUGUGUUGGAUCUGCAAGAUUUGUUUCAAAGGUUCACGUUUGAUGCUACCUGCUUGCUCACCACCGGCUAUGACCCGCAAUGCUUGUCCAUUGAACUUCCAAAGGUACCUUUCUCCAUGACCAUGGACACUGCAGAGGAAGCAAUAUUUUAUCGUCAUGUUGUGCCAGAAAGUAUAUGGAAGUUGCAGAGAUUGGUGGGCAUAGGAGAGGAAAAGAGACUUACUCAAGCUUGGAAAACACUUGAUGAUAUCAUAGCAGAGAUUAUAUCAAUGAAGAAAGACAAGUUAAGUAAAGCAACAAAUUCGGAUAAACAAGGCUACCUCAGUGAAGGCAGAGGGGCUGAUUCGGAGGGCAUUGACCUGCUCACAAAAUACAUGACUGAAAAUGGGAUUGCAGAAUCAGAAUCAAAUGAAAAGUUCCUGAGAGAUACCAUCAUCAAUUUCAUGAUCGCAGGCAGGGACACAACUAGUGCAGGUCUCACAUGGUUUAUGUGGCAAAUCUCAAGAAACCCACAAGUCAAAAACAAGAUUAGAGAAGAGCUUGAAGCAGUAAUACCAACUUCUGAAGCUAAAAAGUGGAGGUUGUUCAGUGUGGAGGAGCUAAGAAAUUCUGUUUAUCUACAAGCAACAUUGUGUGAAACACUAAGGCUGUACCCACCAGUUCCAUUUCAACACAAAUCACCUCUCCAACCAGAUAUCCUUCCCAGCGGGCACCGGGUCCAUCCAAAGACGAAAAUCAUAUUUUCUUUGUAUUCAAUGGGGAGGAUGAGUUCAAUUUGGGGGAAGGAUUGCUUAGAAUUUAAGCCAGAAAGAUGGAUUUCAGAGAGAGGAGGUGUAAAACAUGAACCUUCAUACAAGUUCAUGGUUUUCAAUGCAGGACCCAGGACUUGUCUUGGGAAAGAAGUGGCUUUCACACAAAUGAAGCUAGUUGCAGCUGCAAUAGUCUACAAUUAUGAUAUUGAAGUGGUGGAAGCAGAUUCUGUCAUCCCUGCUACAUCCAUAAUUUUACACAUGAAGCAUGGUUUGAAGGUGAAGGUCAGUAAGAGAUGGGCCUGAUAGCUGUCCCUUAUCAUCCUUCUUCAUUAUGUGUAUCACUAUGCUACUACAGUGUACCGUAGAUAUAUAUAUAUGUAGAAAGACGGACUAAAUAAAAGGAAGCAACAACUUCAAUUCCAA